AUAUAUAAAGUCAUGGACGAGACCGUUUAUUCAACUUCCACUUUAAUUAUGCGCAGCUGGUUUUGUCCAAUGAAAAACACGCAGCUACAGGAAUUGACCAAUGACAAAGGGGCAUUUCGGAGGUUUUUCCGCUUUCCCUCAAGUUCUUGUGACAGAUCCGACUUCAGAUUGAGAGAAUUCAAGAUGGCUGCUACAGUUUCUAUAUAAAGGGCUAACUCUUCUGGAUCCCACUGUGCAUGAAGCUCUCCUGAGGUUGUGGUGUCUAGUGCUGCGUUCUCCAGCUCCUCCUGCCUCUCAUCAUGUCCUCCACCUCCUCCUCCUACUCCUCCUCGGGGGAGACUAGUCCGGAGGAUGUACCCCGAGGUGGGGGCACCAUCCGAGUCUACCUCCCCAACAAACAGAGGACAGUGGUGAAUGUUCGACAAGGACAAACUGUGCACGAGAGUCUAGAUAAAGCGCUCAAAGUGAGAGGCCUAAGCCAAGAGUGCUGUGCUGUAUUUCGCCUGCUAGAAGGUCGUAAGAGACUGACAGAUUGGGAAACAGAUAUCACUCCUCUGGUUGGAGAGGAGCUUCUGGUCGAGGUCUUGGAUGAUAUUCCCCUCACCAUGCACAACUUUGUACGGAAAACCUUCUUCAAGCUGGCUUACUGUGAUUUUUGCCACAAGUUUCUUUUUAAUGGCUUCAGAUGUCAGACAUGCGGCUACAAAUUUCACCAGCACUGCAGUAGCAAGGUCCCUACUGUGUGCGUGGACAUGGACACAGUGAGCAAACGGUGUGAUCCCAAUCCCUGCACAGAUGAGUACCCCCAGAUAUUAUUGCCAGAAAAUUCCCCGUCACAGAGCAACAUAGCCUUAACCCCAGAGCCUCCUGGGAUGGACCUCCUGUCUCCGACCUCAGCCUUUCCCUUCCCCAUGCCUGGUGGAGAUGGCCAGUCUCUACAGAGGCAUCGCUCCACCUCCACUCCCAAUGUUCAUAUGGUCAGCACAGUGGGCCCUGCUGGUGCCAGCAUCAUAGAGGAAGCACUAAAAUUCAACAACAUAAUCGGUCCUGAGCCCUCACCGAAGCCCUCCACAAGCCCACCCUCCUCUCUCGGCUCUCCAGGGAGGAGACCGCCCAAGUCCCCCUCAGAGCACAAGGAGCGCAAGCCCUCUUCAUCUGACGACAAAAAGAAAGUGCACCGAGGGGGCUACAGGGACUCGAGUUACUACUGGGAGGUCCACUCUCGAGAAGUCAACAUCCAGAAGAGAAUAGGCGCUGGCUCCUUUGGAACCGUCUUCAAGGGCAAGUGGCAUGGAGACGUGGCGAUCAAAAUCCUUAAAGUCACAGAGCCGACACCUGAGCAGUUACAGGCCUUCAAAAACGAAAUGCAGGUCUUACGGAAGACUCGCCACGUCAACAUCCUGCUGUUCAUGGGCUAUAUGACUAAGCCCAACUUUGCCAUCAUCACACAGUGGUGUGAAGGCAGCAGCCUGUAUCGCCAUCUGCAUGUCACAGAAACCAAGUUUGACACUAUGCGGCGCAUUGAUGUGGCCCGACAGACAGCACAGGGCAUGGAUUAUCUUCAUGCAAAGAACAUCAUUCAUCGAGAUCUGAAAUCAAACAAUAUUUUUCUUCAUGAGGGCUGGACUGUUAAGAUCGGUGACUUUGGCUUGGCCACAGUGAAAUCUCGGUGGAGCGGCUCUCAACAGGUAGAACAACCCAGUGGAUCCAUUCUCUGGAUGGCUCCUGAGGUGAUCCGAAUGCAGGACAGCAACCCAUACACAUUCCAGUCUGAUGUAUACGGCUACGGAGUCGUGCUGUUUGAGCUGAUGUCAGGGACCCUGCCUUACUCGAAUAUCAACAACAGAGACCAGAUAAUCUUUAUGGUUGGACGUGGUUACUUGUCUCCAGACCUCAGUAAGCUGUAUAGUACCUCACCCAAGUCAAUGAAAAGGCUGAUCGUUGACUGCCUGAAGUUCAAACGUGACGAGAGGCCCCUGUUUCCACAGAUCCUGGUAGCCAUUGAGCAGGUUCAAGACCUGCUGCCAAAAAUCGAGCGGAGUCGCUCUGAGCCCUCACUCCAUCGGGCCGUCCACGCUGAGGACCUGAACCCCCUCCUGUUCCACACCACCAGGCUGAUGCCCCUCUAAGCCGGCAGCACUGGGCAGAGAGGCAGUCACCUUGUCCAAAACCACAGCAUUCCCGUGCCUCAGAGAGGCUACAGCUGGCUGGCCUGACAGACCGUGAAGCCCGACUCACUCCCCACCCUGCACAGCCAUGGAGCUGCAGCACUCAGUAACAAACUGCAGAAAGAAGCAUAGCACAUUGUUUAGUCUUUUCCUUUUAUACAAGUGACAAAGAUCUGCUCGUUAGGUGAAAUGAUUGUCUACUGUAACUGUAAAUAUGUCAGUAGGCCUCAUAUUGAGCCAGUUGACAAAUUCAUCAAAUCCGCUGUAGAUACUCUGACCUACUGGGAGCUUUUGUCAGUUGUUUGGAGGAAAAUGUAAAAAUCUGUUGUUUUGCACAACACUGCAAAACAGCAUCACCCCUUUUCUAUGGUAAAAUAGUCUUACUCUGACCUUUUGAGGAGCACUGUGAUCAUGGGCAAAAACUUCAAAUCAGUUCAACUGCCAUAAUGCUGAGGCUGCUGGUUCAGGUCACCUGAUCAGCUUACAUACUUCAAAUGUUCAGUUGUCAUGUGCCCUUUUUUUAUUUAAGCUAGUGAUUUGAAAGCAGACUGAGGGUGUGUUGUAAAAGUUUGGACACAGUCUCACAGGGAACCUCCAGUAUUCACUGUUUGUGCAAAUGUUUCACUGUUGAGGUUAAUGAAAGAAAUGGAAUUGGGUGCACAUGCAAUAUAUUUAACCACAACAUCAAACUGACAUGAGGAGGAAGAGAAAGCUCAAACUAGUAGAAGCCUAGAAUAGAUCGGCAAUUUCAGACACUGCACUAUGCAAAAGGUUUAGAGAAAAAUAAUAAUGUCUCUGCACAUACAGCAUAACGGUGAAAGGCUCGAAAAACAGAUCAGCCCCUUUUCUCUUCCACUAAAUCUCUGACAGUUCAGCAUUACUUAUCUCGUCUGGAUAGACGUCCUCAAACAGGCACUCAGGUAUUUUUCAUCUGGGAACAGCGUGUCCAUCGAUGUCAGCUAAAUACCGAGAGUGUCUGACAUGUGGAAGUUGAACAGUUGACCCAACAGAGCCUGGCAAAAAUGGCUGUAUAUCCAAACACACAUUUGUCUAUUACCACACUGCUGUGUGAGGAGUAGGGAUAUGCAUUUUAAAUCACCUGGUCCUCUAUUUAGUCUUAAAACCUUAUUAAUUGGGAUCAAUACAACAACAGGCCAAGUUCAACUGGUUUCACUGCUCCUACAAGUAACUAAAAACUAAAAAACCGUCUCAAGACGCUGUCAGCUCCUGAAACAGAAUCAUUUCAGACUGAAUACAGGAUUAAAUUGUUAGGACCAAUAUUUUUGCAGUGAUCAUUCUAAUAUUCAACAUUUCCUAACCAAAAUAUUCCAAUUACUGUUUUUGCCAGUGCAGAAAAAUCUCUUUGAAACACCAGUUACAUCAUCACAGGACACUAACACUCAGCAGAAUAUGAACAUCUGAUGCAGAUAAGAACAUCCAGAUAGUUCAGAUUAUUUAAAACUGCAACAUUUUCUAGGUGGGUGACACUGACAGGUUUGUAUCUGUAUCGCUCCACCCUUCAUACAUGUGUGUCUGCUCAGACACACAUCUGGUAGCUCUCAGCAGACAGUGUCAGAUUCCCUUUUCACCAGUUUAAUAGCAGAAUGUCAUCAAGCUCCAGACUGCAGGAUUGCAGAUCAGAUGGCUUUUGCGUACAAUAUAUUUUUUAAAAUGAUUUUUGUCUAAUGAGGAUUCGACAGACCUUAGUAAGUUGCAGUCUUAAUGUAAACGGUUAGUUGUAUUGCUGCUACAUAUAGUGAAAACGCCUCGGAGAUGAGACAUAUUGGGACUUGCGUGCAGCGCCACGGCGCGGCCUCACUGACCUAUAUUGAGUCUUGUGCAGUCUAGUCUUAAAAGUAUAUUCUUCAUGCUCCCGAACACUGCACCAUGGAGUAAGCUCGGGUCCAUAUUUCACACGUACAUGCCCACGCACACACACUCUAACUAGCACUGUAGCUGUUGGGGAUGCAUUAACACUGUGAGUAAGUUGGUUGAUGGGUUGCUCUAGUUCAGACAGACUGCAGGAGGAUAUUUUAUUAUUUUAUUUUUUUUGUAACUACUGAAUUAAGGUUUCAUUGCUUCAAGUGUUUAUAUCUUUUCCAAAUGACCACACUCGAAGACAGUCAUAAGCAUCACUCAAAAGAAUUCAAUGUCCAUUAAGUUUUGUAGUCUCGACACAAAUCAUUAUUUUUCUUUUAAACGAGGGAGCGUGGAAAUCUGUUGAUAGCCAGAAAUUCACAGAAAUAAAUAGGAAGUGUUUGGAAAUGUGUUGUAUCACUGUAACCGAGUGGCAACCCAGAGUUUCCCUCCCAAUACACGACGUACGUUGGAAUAAAAAGUGCUCAAACAAACUGAAUGUACAAGGAAAAUUUCACAUGCAGCUAUUGUUUCUCGGCCGAGCUCGUCCGUCCGUCCGUACGCUGCCCGCCUCUCCUGCUCUCACCUACUUGUUGAUCAUGUUGCUCACAGUGUUAUGCCCUUAUGUAACACAUCACAAGCUGCUGUUUUCUCUUUACCGUCGUGGUAAACGGACUCUUGUAUUUGACCCCCCCUUGGCGACAGUCAGUACUCAGGUGUGUACAGCUUCAUGAUGCAAUAAGUUCCCAGUGGAUUGUGGAUGUAUUAUUAGCUUUGGCUGAAAUGGUCAAUAAAGGGCACAGCUGCACAAAUACCAUCCUUAAGCAACGAUGGCGGGCGGUGCUUUUCAGCGUCACAGCUGACAUUGAGAAGGCCUUACGAUUGGGCCGACGUCGCUGUGCUCCUCAAAUCGUUGGGUGACGAUCUGUGCCUUUCCGAUGGGGUCAUUUAUGAAACACUGCUCCUAUUAAGAACAAAAUGCAUCAUGGGAUUUUAAAGUCAUCACAGGCAGUGAUUGGUAUAUAUUCUUUGGACAGGCUGAGCCCUUUUUGUGGAUUAUAAUCGAAUGCAAAAGCACAAUAAUGUGGAAGCAUCUGACGCGUACAGGACGGAGGGACUUUGUGCUAGUGUCUCCUUUACUUGAACCAUGCCCAGAGCUGCUUCUCCUCUCAACUUCUCCUGUGCUCUGUGACACUAGUGGAAAGUACUGUAUUUCUAGAAAGCUUUGCUCUUGUUGGUGCCUCUAGUACCGAUGCUAAUGAUUUUGGUAAGGCUUCAGCAGAAUAUAACGUGGCGUCUGCUUUGUGUUCUCAGAUACAGUUUUUUUGUAGAAAUUGACAUGCCUGAAAGUCAUCAGAUUUUUAGAAAUGAAUAUAUAAGCCAUAAUUGUUCAAUAAUGUUUGUUUUUACACAGAAACUUUAGCUUCAUCUUCAAGCAGACAGGUGAUGGUGUGCAGUCCUGUGCUGUCGACCAGGAUCUAUUUCCUAAUUGGCACUCCGUAUAGCUAGGUAUUCAUUUAAAUAGCUGGUUGAUUUUUGGGGGAAAAAACAAUAUAUAGUAAUUGAAAAAACGGUAUUUGUGAAAUAAUGAGAUAGUUUCUGUUGGCAGCAAUUUAAAAGUCACAGUUUUGGCUUAAUUAAAGGAGAGGUUAAUACAAUACUCAUACGCCAUAUAUACCCCGAGUCAUUGGUUACUGUAAUCAUUCCUCCUCGCUACGCUGGCUGUGGAAUGAAAAUCCACAAUCCCAGUUCCUCCAUACAAAUGCAUUCUUAGACUCAGACCAAACUAAUAUGAAGCUGUGUCUUAACUCUCAGUGUCACAACCUUUUUCAAAUUCCCACCUGGUAUUUCCACGGACAGUGGGGACAAAACACUGGCAACAAACAUACGUGCAACUGCCAGGAUGAAGAAAGCCUCUUAAUUUGACCGACUCAAAUUAAGCUGAAGAUACAGCUGAAGCCUCAAUUUAGCCUUCUCAUAAAGCGAAGGAAUGAUUACUACUAACUCUGUCAACGUACACAUGAAAUGUAAGAUAGACUUGAAAAAUCUAAAGUCACUUGUAUCCAUAAUAAGUCAUCAUAGGCUCGCACCAGUAAAAAGUGCCCGUUUUCUAAUUGGCUUGAUAGUUUGGUGGAAACAGCUGCUGAGUGAUUGUCUCAGCUCUUUCAGGGUUUUCAACCGAAGCCCUUACACCUUUUCUUUUCUUUUCUUUUCUUUUUUUUUUUUUUUUUUUUUUUUUUUUUGACUUGCCAGUAUGUCACUGGUCUUUUUGGAUUUUAAAAGUUACAAUUGAGGUAACUCUUCUGUUUUCUUUGUGAAUGUUGGUUGCCUGCUCAUUACCUUACAGCAGGGGUUGCUAUUAUUUUUCUAAUGUUAACUGCUCUCAAGCAUAAAUGGUAAUCUCGGAAGUAUUAGCUUUAUGAUACAAACGAGCAGUUUUUAGCGUGUAAAUGAACUAGCAGCAGCAGCGAGGGCGAUGUGUCAGGUGGUGUAACUGACUGUGCUUCUCUGUAUACUGUAUCUGAUGUUACUGAGCAUUAAGCAGAACAGUUGUCAAUGUUGAGGUCAGUCGUCACUGAACAAACGAUGAAAUGACAGCAGAUGAGACGUUUGAACCUUGAUAUUUUAACGUUGUGAAAAUAGGGGCUGGGUACCCUAACUGUCGCUACUCAUUCCAGUUCUAUGGGUGGAUCGUGGUUGGGGGGGACGUAGGUUUGACCAGCGGGGGUGGGACGGGGAUUUGUGAACCAGGGUUGGGAAAGACUUUGUUUCUGUCUUUCUCUUAUUUAUUGAUGUCUUUGCAGAUGCUCUCGUCUGUACACGCGGCUCUUUUGAGGUGGAUGUUUACCGAGAGAGAUCGCUCUUUGCAACAUUCAUGUCAUCGUCGGGCUCUCUCUCUCUCUUUCUAACCAGAAUGUUUCUUUUAGGCACGGUACUGUCUGCUCCUCCAAAUGACUUUCAUUCUGAUACUGUCUCUUGCUGGGGCAUUUCUAACAGCUUUUUCUUUUAAACAUCUUGAGCACAAAAUAGGUAUCAAACUUUUUAGCAACAUUUUCUACAUAGGGUUUCACUACGAUAGCAUUUGUUAAUGCGACACUUCAAAAUACUGUAAAAGUAACUUGUUUGGUGGGCGGCAUGUUUAACUUGAGCCUGUCCUGUGAUAUUUAAGUGUAGCUUAUAAGUAUUGCUGAAUGAAAAAAACCCCAACUUUUCUAAAUGAGCUGCUUUUUGUAAUCUUUCAGCAAUAGCAAGGACAGAAUGUCUACUUUUUAAAUUUCCAUAAUGCAAGAUCAGCAGUGCUUUACAAUAAUGUUGGACCAGGUUUCCUGUGAAUCGCCACUCAGAGGGACUCUCUUUAUUUCCCUGUUCAGAAAGGAUUUAUUUUUUUUGGUUCAACCUUGUGUUAACUGUGGUUUUCCCCCCAAAGAGGACUGUGUUCAUCUAGUAUCUGAAGGAGGGAACAAGUGCCACAGUUACCGGAGAUCCCCACUGAAAAGGACCUGAACGGCUUAAUGACACAUACACGAGUCUGCUGCCUCCGGAGGCUCAGAGGGGCAUCGUAGGGGGCAAACCAGACUCAACAAAACAGCUGUUAAUUUCAGAGAAGAAGAAGAAGAUGAUGAUGAUGAUGAGAGAGCUGUAUCAGAGUAGGGGUUUUUUUGUUUUUGUUUUUGUUUUUUUUUGUCUUUUCAUAUCUGUAGGUGAAUUGCAAUAUUUGUGUUAAUAGUUUCUGAGGUGUCAGGGGUGUUCAGUUUGCAAUAAAUGGUAUAUUCUGCUGUG